AUGGAGGAGAAGUCCCAACUCCAAAUGCCAAUGGUGAAACUGGGUAAUCAAGGACUGGAGGUAUCUAGAUUGGGCUUGGGAUGCGGGGGACUUUCAGGAAUUUACAAUGCCCCUCUUUCCCAUGAUGCUGGAUGUUCCAUUAUAAAAGAAGCAUUUAAUAAGGGUAUCACCCUCUUUGACACUGCUGAUAUCUAUGGAGAAAAUUAUGACAAUGAGAUCAUGAUUGGAAAGGCUUUGAAGCAGCUUCCUCGCCAAAAGAUUCAAUUAGCUACGAAAUUUGGCGUUACCAAAUUAGAGGAUGGUCAAUGGGGGGUCAAGGGAACUCCUGAAUAUGUGCGGGAAUGCUGUGAAGCUAGUCUUAAGAGACUAGAUGUGGACUAUAUCGAUAUAUACUAUCAGCAUCGUGUGGACACUUCACUGGCAAUAGAGGAAACUAUGAGGGAGCUCAAGAAGCUGGUGGAGGAGGGAAAGAUAAAAUACAUUGGGCUAUCUGAAGCAAGUGUAGACACAAUAAGGAGAGCCCAUGCUAUUCUUCCCAUCACCGCAGUCGAAAUGGAGUAUUCUCUGUGGACUCGUGAUAUUGAAGAUGAUAUAAUUCCACUCUGCAGGUACAUUGUUGUCUAG